AUGUCGUAUACAGCACAGCUAGAUGCGUUUGUGUCGCGACUCAAUGAGAGUACUGAUUAUACCGCUAAACAUGCAAUUUUGUCAGAAUUAUUGGAUACAAUUGAACAAUUCAGUGGUGCUACUGAGUAUGAGUACUUUUUGAAAAACCUUGUACCGAUUUUUUUGAAAGAGCUUGAGGAAGUACCCAUUUCUUACAUCUCAACAAGUCCAGAACAGAAGUUGAGGAAUAGCACUUUGGAAAUAAUACACAGAUUGAUUAUGAAUGAAACUUUCCAACCAUUUGCAGAACAAAUUUUGGACGCGUUGACAAAAAUCUUGGUGGAGGAGAAUGAAGAUAAUGGUGUUUUAUGCAUGAAGAUAAUCACAAGUUUACAGAAGGCUUAUAAAGCCACAUUGGCAGAGAAGGUACAACCGUUUUUGGAGGUGAUACAGAAAAUAUACGACAAUAUGGAUCAAACUGUACAACAAACUUUCUCAGAGGAAACGUCUGCCAAUGAAAACAAGGAGGAUGCAAAUGAUGAUCAAGACAUGUCACCAACCAACUCCUUCAAUGAGGACGCUCCAACAAAAACGUUGAGUAAAGCCAUGUACUCAUUCAAAACGUUGGCCGAAUGUCCAAUUACAAUGGUAUCAUUAUACUCAUCCAACAAACAACUAGUUGCACCAUCACUUCCGCACUUUUUGCCAAAAAUCAUGCACAUUCUCCAACUACAAGUUAAACAACAAGAGCAAUAUCGUCAAGAAUCAAAAGACCAGAUUGUCACUUCGAUAUCUCCGGAAAUUAAAAAUAGACAAGCUUAUAGUGAGUUCAUCUUGGGACAAGUUAAAGCAGCAUCGUUUUUGGCGUAUGUGUUUAUUAGAGGGUAUGCUAAUCAAUACUUGAAACCAGAGGAGAGUGCAUGCAUCCCUGAUGUAAUACUUCGAUUAUUACAGGACUGCCCUGCUGAGUUGUCUAUCGCAAGAAAGGAACUACUUCAUGCAACUAGGCAUAUACUAUCAACACCAUUCAGAACUCAAUUUAUUCCGAAAUUGGGUUUACUUUUUGACGAAAAAAUAUUGAUUGGUGAUGGUUUAACGUCGUAUGAAACUUUGAGACCAUUGGCUUACUCAAUGGUUGCCGAUUUCAUCCACAAUGUACGAGACGAGUUGACUCCUGCACAAAUAUGGUCCACCGUCACUAUAUACUCGGGAUUGUUGAAGGACGAAUCAUUGCCAAUGUCGGUGCAAAUAAUGAGUGCCAAGUUGCUAUUGAACCUAGUGGAAAAGAUCAUGACUCUUUCCAAUAAAUUAGAGGGUAGGCAAUUAUUUCUCAUCAUUAUCGAUGCGUACGCUAAGCGUUUUAAGAACUUGGACCGCAAAUACGAUUACAUUAUAGCCAAGCAUGACGAAUACGAAUUGAAAAAGCUCGGUAGAGAAAGGGAUUCGAAAAGGGCAAUUGAGAGAUACUCAUCCAAACGGAAUCAAGUUCAAAAAGAGGAAAUUGCUGACGCUGAGAACGACCAAAUGGAUGUCGCUAAAGCGGAAGCAUGCGAGGAAGCAGAUCCACAGGUUGACAAGACACUCGGCUUAAACAUAUACAACAUAGAUUCAUAUUUUCCCAUCGCAUCGGUUCCAACCCCCAAUACUACGGACGUAUUAAAGGAUGCAAGGUACCUUUUUCGUACUUUGAUGCAAUUUUUAAAAUCAAUCGUGUUUGGGUUGAAGCAUUGUAACCCACCAGUACCCCCACAACCAGUCAUCACUGAUCCAACUAAACAGCAACAGGUAAAUUACGACAAGUGGAAUGACUCAGCUAAACUCAUCUCAGUUGAAGAAGUUAACAUUCUUCGCUCAUUGUUUCGAGGUGGAGUCAGUUGUCUUCGUUACUUUUCAGUGUCAAAACCUAAACCCACAAUUUCACAAAAGGCAUUUGAUUUCUCAACUGGUGGUCCUAAUUUACCAAUUACCUCUUCCAAGGAUGAAAAAGAUUUGAUGGAGAUUUUUGCAACUAUAUUCAUAAACAUUGAUCCUGCCUCAUUUAACGAGAUUGUGAGCUCUGAAUUGCCGUUCAUGUUUAAGUCCAUGUUGGAGAAUGCAGCAUUGUUACAUUUGCCUCAGUUUUUCCUUGCAAGUGAAGUUACAUCAGCAAAUUUUUCGAGUAUUUUGAUUUCCUUUUUGAAGGAUAAUUUGAAUCAACUUGGAAAUGCCGAUAUGAUAAAAUCAAACAUUCUUAUACGACUUUUCAAGUUGUGUUUCAUGUCAGUCAAUUUGUUCCCUACUACUAAUGAAGGGGUCUUGCUUCCGCAUUUGAACUAUCUUAUAUUAGAGUCAUUGAAGCUCGGUACAAAAGCAGAAGAACCAAUUGUGUAUUCUUAUCUUGUGAGAAUAUUGUUCAGAAGUAUUAGUGGUGGCAAGUUUGAAAAUCUAUAUAAAGAAAUCAUGCCAAUAUUGCCAGUGUUAUUGGAGAAUUUGAACAAAAUGAUCGCCAAUGCCCAAAGACCCUACGAAAGAGACAUUUAUGUUGAGUUGUGUUUGACUAUCCCCGUUAGGUUGGCAGUGUUAGUGCCGCAUCUUAGUUAUUUGACAAGACCACUUGUCUAUGCUUUGAAUGGGCCACAAGAGUUGGUUAGUCAAGGUAUGCGUAUAUUUGAGCUAUGUGUUGACAAUUUGACUGCUGAAUAUUUUGAUCCAAUAAUUGAGCCUGUCGCUGAUGAAAUAAUGACGGCCUUGUGGAAACACUUGGAGCCAGUGCCAUAUCAUCAUCAACAUAGUCACACAGCUAUUCGAAUUUUAGGUAAGUUAGGUGGCCGAAACCAUCGCAAAAUCAAAUCUCACGAAAACUUGAUCACCAAAUCUGAAGCAAAUCAAGAGAUCAAGGCGUUGGUUCAAGUGUAUGGCUUGAAUGAUUCUGUACCGGUAUCAGUGACUCCAGGUAUUGAAUCUGCCAUCAAGUUGUUGGACGACCCACGGUUGAAAAUCCAUUAUAGAAUCAGUGCCUUUAAGUACUUGACGAGUAUUUUGAAGUUGUUCAUCAAUACCACUCCAAUUCCAGACAAUUUUGUCCAGUAUGCACAAGAGAGCGUCGAGUUCUUGAAAAAAGAGAAACCUGAAGAUGUCAAUAUACCAUUGGCACCACUGGAUAUCAAAGAUGCAGAGAAACUUGACCUCCAACAACAACUUUUUGCGAAAUUGCUCGAGAUGUUGUUUUUUUCAGUAUCGAUACCUGAGUUGCGGGAUGAGGCAGGUGCACUAAUCGAUGGAUUGACGACUCAUUUCACAUUACUACAUUUAAGCACUUCUGUGGUUGACAAGAUUCGAAAGGAGCGCAAUUUUUCAGUUAACGAUAACGAAGGAAAAGCAUACAUUAGCGAGAAUGCAUUUCUCAAUGCUAUCACGUACUCUUUGAGUUUUUGGGACAAAGAUGUUAGAGCUAAAGGUGUUGAUGCUGUGAAAAGGAUUUAUGAAACUACUGUGACUACCUUUGGCUCCGAGGAAAACGCAUUAUACUCGGAUAUUUUCAGAUCAAUGUUUUACAAAUUUACUCAUUGCUGCUACAAUGAAUUCUACCACACCAAAUUAGGUGGCAUAAUCGGGUUGAAAACCAUGUUUCAUGACUUGAACAUUCCUUCAAGCUGGUUCCAUCAGAGACAAUUUGAAUUGGUGCGUGCUGUUUUCUUUAUAUUAAGGGAUACACCAGACACUGCGCCAUUUGAAGUCCGUCACUCAGCUAAAGAAUUGGUCCUUGAGUUAUUAAGGGCAUGCAACAAGGACAUUACAAAAGAAAUUGUUUUGGAGAAACCUUUUCAGACUCUUGUUGGCGCAUUGAUUUAUGACUUGGCUAGUCCAACUCCAAUGGUCAGAGAAGUUGCACAGGAAUGUUUGCAAGUUUUGUCCGACGUGACUUCUACAUCUACAGCCACUCUCAUGGGACCAUGUAAGCAUUUAUUGUUGACACCGAUUUUUGGAAAGCCUCUUCGUGCUUUGCCUUUUCCUAUGCAGAUUGGUAACAUUGAUGCUAUUACAUUUUGUUUGGGCUUGCCAGAUACGUUUUUAAGCUUUAACGAAGAGUUGAAUAGAUUGCUUUUGGAGGCUUUGGCAUUGGUUGAUGCUGAAGAUGAAUCUUUGGCAAAUGUUCAUCGUUUGAAUGAGUACCGCACCUCAAACCAAUUAGUUGAGUUGCGAGUAGUUUGUAUCAAACUCCUUUCAUUAGCGUUGUCGAAACCUGACUUUUCAAUUGGAUCACUAGGUGAAGCGAGGAUCAGAAUUUUGGGUGUAUUCUUCAAAGCUUUAUGCAACAACUCCACAAAGAUCAUAAAUGCUGCUCACCAAGGGUUGGCUUCUAGCUUACAAGAGAAUGCCAAAUUGCCAAAAGAGUUGUUACAAAAUGGACUUCGUCCAAUGCUUAUGAACUUGUCUGAUCACAAGAAAUUGACUGUUUCCGGCUUGGAAGCCUUAGCUAGGUUGUUAGAGCUUUUGAUUUCCUAUUUCCGUGUUGAAAUUGGACGGAAAUUGUUGGAUCAUUUAAUGGCAUGGGCGCAGAUCAAUACUUUGAGACAAACUGCUGGACAAAACCUCGACAAUAACCAUACUGUUCAAAUUGUAAUGGCCAUUUUGAACAUAUUCCAUUUGUUACCAGCUAAGGCAUACACUUUCAUGGAAGAAAUCAUCAAUACGUUGCAGUAUUUGGAAGGACAUUUAGAUCGUCAUCAAGAUUCACCUUUCAGAAAACCAAUAUCGAAGUUUCUUAACAGGUUUGCUGAAAACUGUGUAGAAUACUUGAUUAACAACUUCAAAAACAGAAAGCUAGGAAACAUGCUUGCAUCGAUAACCGGGAUGGAUGGAUGCGAAAAUUUGAGAAAGCACGCAGAACAGAAUAUCCAAGUUUUGGUUGAUGAUGUUACUUCAGAGUCUGACCCUGAAACAAAGGUUGUCAAAUUCGCUAAUAUCGUUGAUUUGAUUGAAGCAAUUGCAAAACACGACACUGAAUGGUUCAAUGGCCAAAAACAAUUGUUGACAACUUUGUCCCAGGUUCUUGUGGAAAUACACGAUAUAAGUGUGGCACCUAUUUUGUCAUCAGCUCAUUUCCGGAGUAGCCAAGCUAUUGAAAAGUUACAGCAAUUAAUUGUCACCUUUACAAAAGCCAACAUGGACGAAACGGACUUGAUCUUUUCCGUUGUUAAUCUUCAUAGCAAAUUGAAAUAUGAGAUUUCCACCGUGUUUGAAGAUUUUAUUUUCAACGAUAUUGUGGCAUCAAACGAUUUAGAUUUGAAAAUAAUGUACCUUAACAAGACUGUUGACUUCAUAAACGAACCAGAGCCAUGCUUGAAAGCCAAGAUCUUUUUCCUCAAGCGAGUUUUCGGCCCAAUAUUUGUGUAUGAGCACGUCAAGAGUGGGGAUCUUGUGCACGUAUUUGAAAAGGAGACCGUAUGGUUACAGAAACUAGAUAACAGUGUUUGGAAAUCUCAGGAUGAUAUUAUUGAUAACCACACCUCUGGAACUAUUGAUGGUUAUAGGUCAGCACUAUUAGAAAGUACAGCAUUAUUGCUCCACUUGGCGCCAACGUACAUCAGUGAAUUGCGCAAGGAUAUCAUCAAGUUCAGUUGGAAUUAUAUCAAACUUGAUGACAACAUCACUAAACAAAUUGCAUAUGUUACAACUGCGUACUUUAUUGCUGCGUAUGAUACUCCUGGUAAAUUGGCCACACAAGUAUUUGUAGCUUUGUUGAGAACACAUCAGACUGACUCGAGGCAUUUGGUGAGACAAGCAUUGGACAUUUUGGCACCAGUGAUGUCAAAGAGAAUGAAGGAUGCCGAUUCACCGGAUAGUUGGUUGAAAUGGCCGCGUCGAAUUCUCUCCGAAGAUGGCUUCAAUGUCACUCAAGUUCUAAAUGUUUAUCAAUUCAUUGUCCAACAUCCCGAUUUGUUUUUCGUUGCUAGAGAGCACUUCAUAUCCAAUAUCAUUACUGCUAUGGGCAAGUUGACUAUUUUGGCUAACCCGGCACUUGAAAAUCAACUUUUAGCUAUAGAUUUGGCUGAAUUGGUCUUAUACUGGGAAAGAAAAGCAAAGCAGGUUGCAAAGGGGGAGAAGUCUACUGAAGAGGAGUCUACAGAGCCUGCUGAGUUUGAACCUGAUGUCAAAACUGAUACUGAUUUCACCACUGCUCCUAACUACACCAUACCUUUUGGUCAAAGGGAGGCAUGCGUAACAUUUUUGAUUAGAUAUGUUUGCAUCAGCCCUCAAAGGGCAUCAGAAAGUGAAUUGGGUCAAAAGGCUUUGGGUAUUUUGUAUGAUUUGCUAAGCCCCGAGCAUUGGUCGGAAGUUGCUGUGAAAUUGAGCUUUUUUGAAAAGUUUUUGCUUUCCAAUAAUUUGAACUCGAGUAAUUUACUUGGAUACUGUUUGAACGCAUUGGAAGUGUUGGGAGUUGUUUUGGAGUGGAAAGAUCCCGAAUGGAUAGUGUCAAAUUUGAGCUACUUACAAAAAUUGCUCGAAAAGUGUAUCAAGUCAGAUAAUCACGACAUCCAGGAAAUAUUGCAACGAAUCUUGUGUAUUAUAUUGGAAGCUAUUAAUCUGCAAAAAGGUGCUGAAGAAGACGAUGAAGAGGAAGACGAUGUCAAAGAAUUUAUCAACUUGUUGACUACUUCAGUCUCCGAAGAUUUGGGCGAUAUGCCAUCGUUUGCUGCUGGUGUAACUCUAUCAUGGACUUUAGCACAAUAUAAACCAGCAAUUUUGGAUCCAUUAUUACCCACAAUAAUGAAAACAUUCAGUAAGCUAUGCAAAGAUCACAUUACUAUAACACAUCAGGGCACCCAAUCUACAUCAAAGGACAGUGCUAGCGCAGAAUUCGAGGCAAAAAUGACGACCAAGUUGUUGGAAAAGAUUCUUAAUUUAUGUUCAAUGAGAAUAUCUAACCUUGGUGACCAGCGCCGUAUCUUUUUGUCAUUGUUGGCGCAGUUGAUAGAGCGUAGUUUGGAUAAAAGCACGCUUGAAAAGAUUAUCAAAAUAGUGAAGAAUUGGGUUUUCUCAAGAACAGAUUUAUUCCCUACAACGAAGGAAAAAGCUGCUAUUUUGUCGAAAAUGAUGGUUUUCGAGGUCAGAGGUGAACCAACCUUGUCCAAAGAAUUUUAUCAGAUCAUUGUUGAAAUCUUUGAAGACGAUUCGUUCAGCUGUAGUGAGUUGACAGUUCGAAUGGAACAGCCAUUCAUGGUAGGUACAAGGUCUGUUGAUGUUUCAAUCAGACGGAAAUUGAUGUCUAUAUUGAACAACAGUUUGGAAAAAGAUGUGACAAAAAGGUUAUACUAUGUUAUAAGAGAGCAGAAUUGGGAAUACUUGGCUGAUUACCCUUGGUUAAAUCAAGCUUUGCAGAUCUUGUUUGGAGCAUUCAAUUUCGAAAACAAGAUCGAGUUUGUUGAAGAUGAAAAUAAAUUAGCUCCAAUCGAGGCAUUCAAAUUCCCAGACUCCGACUCAAUGGAAGUGGAUUCGAAUGAAAAAUUGAAUGAAUUGCUCGAAACCCAUACAAAAUUUUUGCAAACAAUGAAUGAUGUUAAAGCAAAAGACGUAUUCGAACCUUUAAUUGAUUUGUUUUACCAAAGUAGUGAAACGGUUCACAGGACCUGGUCGGUAAUUUUCCCGAUUGCAUUUCAGUCAAUACCCAGAUCAGAACAUUUGGACUUUACGAGAUAUUUGGUCAUACUUCUAUCUAAGGAUUAUCAUACUCGUCAAAUAGAUUUGCGUCCUAAUGUGAUUCAAUGUUUACUUGAGGGAAUUGCUCGCUGUUAUACACUACAACUUCCACCAUUCGCAAUAGAGUGCCUUGCAGCUAACUUUGAUGCUUGGUCUCAAGGGCUUCAACUAUUGGAAAAUAUUAAUGAGGAUGCUGUUAAUGCAAACCCCGAUGUAAGGGAAGUUGUACAAGAUGCGUUGUUGAAGUUGUAUGCUACCUUGAAGGAGGAUGAUAUGUUUUAUGGCCUUUGGAGAAGAAGAGCCAAAUACAAUGAAACGAUCAGUGCGUUGUCUUAUGAGCAGAUCGGUCUCUGGGACAAGGCGCAGCAGUUGUAUGAAUCAGCACAAAUCAAGGCUCGCAGUGGGUCAUUGCCUUACGGGGAAGCUGAAUAUGCAUUAUGGGAAGAUCAUUGGAUUUUGUGCUCGGAGAAACUACAACAAUGGGAUAUUCUCACUGACUUGGCAAGACACGAAGGAUUUUCUGAUUUAUUAUUAGAAUGUGGAUGGAGAGUUGCUGACUGGUAUAAUGAUAGGGAGACGUUGGAUCAAACGGUCAAGAACGUUAUGGAUGUUCCUACACCUCGACGUCAAGUAUUUCAAACAUUUUUGUGUCUACAAGGUUUUGGCCAAGAGAAGGAAACUUUGCAAGACUUGUCCAAAUUAUGUGAUGAGGGUAUUCAACUUGCACUCAGGAAAUGGUAUGGCUUACCAAGACGGUUCACCAAUGCUCAUAUUCCAUUGCUUCACACAUUUCAACAAUAUGUCGAGUUUAUGGAAGCUAGUCAAGUGUAUUCGAGCUUGGUUACUACAAAUGCACAAAACUUGGAUGUGAAAUCACAAGAAUUGAAACGAGUCUUGCAAGUGUGGCGCGAAAGAUUGCCCAACAUUUGGGAUGACAUCAAUAUAUGGAACGACUUGGUCACCUGGCGUCAACAUGCCUUUCAAGUCAUCAACAAAGUUUAUAUGCCAUUUAUUCCAGUGUUGCAACAAUCAAACUCAGGAAGCAAUGCAAACUCAUACGCGUAUCGUGGCUUUCAUGAAAUUGCUUGGGUCAUUAAUAGAUUUGCUCAUGUAGCAAGAAAACAUAAUAUGCCUGAUGUUUGCAUAAAGGAGUUAACAAGAAUCUACCAAUUGCCAAACAUUGAAAUUCAGGAAGCGUUUUUGAAAUUGAAGGAGCAAGUCAAGUGCCACUAUCAGAAUCCUAAUGAGCUCAACACAGGUCUUGAUGUGAUUAGCAACACCAACUUGGUUUACUUUGCAACACAGCAAAAGGCAGAGUUCUUUACCCUCAAGGGAAUGUUUUUGAAUAAAUUGAACCAAAAAGAUGAGGCUAAUAAGGCAUUUGCUACAUCCGUUCAGAUUGAUCUCAAUUUGCCAAAAGCGUGGGCCGAAUGGGGAACAUUCAAUGACCGCCGUUUCAAGGAAAAUCCAAGUGACAUGGUAUACGCCAACAACGCCAUCAGUUGUUACUUACAAGCGGCAGGGUUGUAUAAGAACGGAAAGACCAGAAAACUUUUGGCUCGCAUCCUAUGGUUAAUCAGUUUGGACGACGCAUCUGGAACGUUGGCACAAGCGUUUGAAAAUUUCCGCGGAGAAGUUCCUGUAUGGUAUUGGAUUACAUUCAUUCCACAAUUGCUUACCUCAUUAUCCCACAGAGAGGCUAAAUUGGCCAAGCAAAUAUUGGUAAGAAUAGCCAAAAGUUAUCCCCAAGCGUUGCACUUUCAAUUGCGUACAACAAGGGAAGACCUUGCCGCACAACAGCGUCAAGCUAUUGAAAUUGCCCGUCAAAAAGCUGCCGCCGCUGCAGCUGCAGCCACAGCUACAGCCACACCCACAGCUAAUAUGGCAACAAGUCAGACUCCAAAUGAAGGGGAUAAAGAGAAUGGUAAAGCAGAGAAUGAAGCUGAGUCACAGAAUGGAGGGGCACAAUCACCUCCUCCAGCAGAAGUGACCUCAUCGCAGUCACCAUCGCAACCAAAUUCGCAACCGAUUCAGCCACCAUCCCGUCCACAGUCACAGUCACAAUCUCAGUCACAAUCCCAAUCUCAAAACUCUGUCUCUAUUACAGUGCCUCCAGCUGUUCGUCAACCUUUGGAGCACGUGGAGGAAAUUAUGGCUAUUUUAAAAACGGCUUAUCCAUUAUUGGCAUUGUCGUUAGAGUCAUUGGUUGAUCAAAUUAAUCAGAGAUUCAAGUGUACAGCAGAUGAGGAUGCAUACAGGCUUGGGGUAGCAUUGCUCAAUGAUGGAGUUCAAUAUUUGAAUAGACUAGGUAACCCCAAGGAUGAUGCCAAAUUGCCACCAAUAACCGAAGCCAAUAUAACAAGAUUCGCCGAAACGGUUUUACCCAAGCAAAUUCGAGCUGAAUUUGAAAAAGAUUUGGUUCACUCGAAACCUAACUUGGAAACCUACAUAACCAAGUUGAGAAAGUGGAGAGAUAGAUUAGAAGACAAGUUGGAUAGAAGAUUCACCCAGGUCAAUUUGGAAAACUUGUGUCCUCACUUGAGUGAGUUCCAUCAUCAAAAAUUUGAAGAGAUUGAAAUCCCUGGACAGUAUUUGUUAAACAAGGAUAAUAAUAGCCAUUUUGUCAAGAUUGAAAGAUUUUUGCCCACCGUGGAUUUGGCUCGGGGUACAAGUGCUUGCUACAAGAGAUUGAGAAUUAGGGGCCACGAUGGAAGUUUGCAUACAUUUGCAGUCCAAUUUCCAGCUGCUCGUCAUUGUCGUCGCGAAGAAUCAGUGUUUCAAUUGUUUAGAAUUUUCAACGACAGCAUUUCAAGACGAGUCGAAACUAGAAGAAGGGAUAUUCAAUUCACUUUGCCAAUUGCUGUUCCACUUUCCCCACAUAUCAGAAUUGUUAAUGACGACGUCAACGAUAUCACCUUGCAAAGAAUUUAUGAAGAUUAUUGCAAAAAAAAUGGAAAGAGUCGCGACGAGCCAUUUAUUUACACGGUGGAGAAAUUGAGAGCAGCAUUUGAUCAUAGAUUACCCAAACCUGAUUUGGCAAGCAUACGUGUUGAAAUCUUGAGCGCUAUUCAAACGUUGCUUGUGCCUUCCACUGUUUUGAAGGAAUAUUUUUUGCAACUUUACCUUCGAUUCGAUGAUUUUUGGUUGUUCCGCAAGCAGUUUACUUCACAGUAUGCGUCUUUUAUAUUCACAACAUUUAUGAUGUGUGUUAAUGCAAGACAACCACAAAAGAUUCAUGUGAACAAGGGUUCAGGAAACGUUUGGACCUCGGAUAUGUUGCCUUGCAAAAUGCCAAAUAGACAGCAUGACAACAACAAUCCUCAGCCUAAACCGACACCGAUGUUUGUCAAUGCCGAGCAAGUUCCAUUUAGGUUAACACCAAAUAUCCAAAAGUUGAUUGGUGACAGUGGUUUGGAAGGUAUUUUGGCGGUGUAUGUUUUGUGCAUUGCUAGGGCAUUGUUGGAACCCGAAGCAGAUUUGGAACAAUAUUUGACACUUUACGUCAGAGAUGAGGCUAUAUCAUGGAUAGCUCAAGGUGGAGGAGAUAGAAGUGGCACUGUUUCAGGUCAAGAUAAUCAACUACGUGAUGUUGUCAAAUUGAAUGUUGAUAGUAUCAUCAAAAGAGUAAUGACAAUGGGUCACGUGUCUCCUAAUGGGGGAGUUGCUACUCAGAAUGUAUUGGAGUUGAUCUCACAAGCUGUAAAUCCUCGAAACUUGGCAGCAGCUGAUACUUUAUGGAUGGCAUAUUUUUAG